AAUUAGCUGCUAAUUUUUUUUUGGGUGCGCAACAGUUUGUUAAAUGAAGCCUUUUUCUUAAGAAUAAGAUGCAUUUAGUUUGUUUAGAAAUUUGUAUGCUAAUUGCUAGCGGUAUAAGAGGGUGCAGGUAGCCUCAUGUCCAUGCAAUUUCUGACACCGGCGGGCUAAAUAGGGUCCAUACAGAUAGCAUUUUAAAGUUGAUCGAGUACUCUUAUUAGGCAUAAGUCUGGACAACAAAUUGGAUUAACACUAUUAGUUUGUAGAUAGACACAAAUUUCACUAGUGCAAUGUGGUUCAGCUUCCAAAUCAUCGGGACCAAAAACAUCUCUUUCUAGCUAGCUAGCUGUACAGUAUAUGAAGAGUAGUAUAAUGUGUUAAAAACUUGGAAGCAACAAUGAUAUGCAUGUAGAGGAUAUGAUGACUACUCUGUCCAUACCAGAACUCCCCCGCGACAGAAUCAACCUUAGAAACCACACUCUUCUCUCUCUUUACAUUCACUUUUUAGCUUAAUUUUAUUAGAGUAGUGUUGCUAAAAUCCAUGUUCUUCUUCAAUUUUGCAUUCAUUUCUCUACUCAAUUUCAAUUCCCACUAGCUUCAAAACUCAAAUCAUUGUAUUCUCUCUACUCUCUUUCUCUCUCUAUAAUCCAAAGCUGAAUUAUCUCAUAACACUUCGAUUACUCUGCCAUGCCAUGACAUGCCAACCAGCCUGCCACUCUCAAGGCCUCAACCUUGAGCAUGAUUCGUUAUAUAUAUAUUAUUCCCUUCCAUCUCCAUUACUUCAUUCACAAAUCCCACUUUUUAACUCCUCCAAUUAUCUCCUCUUCUCUGCUAUUCACAUUAUAUCUCUAUCAUUUUACUCAGCUACUAGGAAAUGGGUGAUAUUUCUGAUGGCAAUGGUAACGGAAAUGGUAUUGUCAAUGGCAAUGGCAAUGGCAAUGGAGUUCAUCACAGGAGCAAUGGUAAUGGAGUUGCUCAUAGUGCAAAUAAUAACGGUCAUAGAAAAAGCUGUUGGUAUGAAGAAGAGAUUGAGCAAGACUUGAGAUGGUGUUUUGCACUCAAUAGUAUCUUACACACAGGAGCUAGUCAGUAUCAAGAUAUUGCUUUGUUGGACACAAAACCCUUCGGAAAGGCAUUGGUUAUUGAUGGGAAGCUUCAAAGUGCAGAAAUUGAUGAGUUCAUUUACCAUGAAUCUCUUGUUCAUCCACCUCUUCUUCAACAUUCAAAUCCAAAGACCAUUUUCAUCAUGGGGGGUGGAGAAGGUUCUACUGCAAGAGAAAUCUUAAGACACAAAACUGUAGACAAAGUUGUUAUGUGCGACAUUGAUGAGGAAGUUGUUGAAUUUUGCAAAUCACAUUUGGUUGCAAACAAAGAAGCUUUCUCUGAUUUAAGACUUCAACUCAUAAUAAAUGAUGCUAGGGCAGAGCUUGAGAGUAGACAAGAUGGUUUUGAUGUGAUAAUAGGGGACUUGGCUGAUCCAAUUGAAGGAGGCCCAUGUUACCAACUCUACACGAAGUCCUUUUAUGAGUCAAUUGUCAAGACUAGACUCAAAGAAGGUGGCAUUUUUGUCACUCAGGCGGGACCAGCAGGAAUUUUCAGUCAUACAGAGGUUUUCUCAUGCAUUUACAACACUCUUAGACAAGUUUUUAAAUAUGUUGUUCCUUAUUCAGCUCAUAUUCCUUCAUAUGCUGAUACUUGGGGAUGGGUCAUGGCGUCAGAUACUCCAUUUACGGCUGACGCGGAAGAACUAGACAUUAGAAUUAAACAGAGAAUGACCGGAGAAAACAGAUACCUCGAUGGAAAGACAUUUACGUCGGCUUCCAUCCUAAGCAAAGCCGUUAGAAAGUCACUUGCCAAGGAAACUCAAGUAUACACAGAAGGAACAGCAAGGUUUAUAUAUGGCUACGGAACUGGACUCAAAACUCACAGCACUUAAGAACGAUGGAUGGGAUAACUUCAAUCGAAUGAAGGAACCGUGAAAGAAGAAAGGCCUAAGAAGUCUAAUCUAGUAGUAAUUUUAAUUAUUUUUUUGAGUUUAUCAUAUCUUUUUUGUUGGUUUUACUUUCUUUGUUCCGUUGGGAGGAAGUAAGGUAACUGGUAUGCAGUGCAAUUAUAUGAAUGAACAUGUU